ACAAAUAGAUGCACACGCACGCCGCACCAGCAGCAGCAGAAAAAAAGGUAAACGCUUGCAUAUAAAAGUCGUAUGAAUAAUGGAUUACGGGCGUAUUAGUUACACGAUCGCAUAAACGGCGGAAAGCUGCCCCGGGACGCCAUUUACAACGAAAGAAAAAAAAAACAAGCGCCGUUCCAGGGCCAGUUUACGUGUGUGAGAGUGUGGCUGUGCCGUACGGAAAGAGUGGGAAAAAGCGAUAAAUAUUAUAACCAUACGCUUUUUACCUCGCUUCUGCACCACGGAAAGAAGAGAAAGUUUGUCCCGAACGCUGCCGAAGGAAAAGCUGUUGCUUCGUGUUGUUUUCCUUCACUGUCUACAACGAUAACUGCUGUGCUGAGACUGUUCGUGUGUGUGUGUGUGUGUGCGCGUGUUUUUUUAUUGUUUACUCAGUGUGAAAAAGGGAUAAAAAGCGUUAAAAGUAUCGCUGGGCAAGAAGCACACGCAUACCGCACCGGCAAUGUCGGGGAAAGCGCGUAGCCGGGAAAGGAUUUCCCCAUUCCGGCGGAGGUGUUUGUGGAUUGGCAGCCUGUUGCUGUUGGGAACGGUGCGAGGCCCAACGCCGACCGAAGGGAAAGCAACGGUGGAGCAGAUGAUGAAGUCGGGCGAAAUGAUACGGUCCGUUUGCUUGGGCAAGACGAAAGUUUCCGAGGAGCUGGCGAACGGAUUGCGCGACUCCAAGUUCGUGGACGUUAAGGAGCUUAAGUGUUACGUGAACUGCGUGAUGGAAAUGAUGCAAACGAUGAAGAAAGGGAAGCUUAACUAUGACGCGUCGGUGAAACAGAUCGACACCAUCAUGCCGGACGAGCUGGCGGGACCGAUGCGGGCCGCGCUUGACAUCUGCCGGAAUGUGGCCGACGGUAUCAAGAACAAUUGCGAUGCAGCAUACGCGAUGCUUCAGUGCCUUUCGAAGAACAAUCCUAAAUUUAUUUUCCCAUAGGUGGAAAGGGUGGGAACUUGGUCGCGGUCGUGCGGGAUGGGUUGUACGUGGGUAGGAGCAUUAAUUUUAAGGUAAAUUUGUAAACAUUAUGGAGUCCUGUCCGUCGGUUGUCCUAUUUGUUAGUUUAUAAAUCUCUUCCAUAAGCAGUUAAUUAAAAACAGUUUAUUACCUUAUAUUAAUUGGAGAAGAAUUGUGCUGAGGGCUCUUAAUGUUGCUGUAACUGUUAUGACCAUGGUUUUCGAAUUACCUCAUCUAACCAUUAUGAGAUAGAUUCUCGGAAGCCCUUCAUAUUGCAAAGUGAGUCAUGAUAGCAUAACAAUGAAGGUAAAAUAAUGCGGCUCAAAGGGCGCUUCUGAAAUGGUGGCCAAUUCUAGAAGGAUUCUCAGAAUGACCCUGACCAAAGUCGCGUGUCAGGUGAAUGGUGACGGCCAGCUAUCAUACUCUCGUGCUACAAGCAAGGUUCUACACCGGUUCUAGGGAGUAACCGUCAUUUGGAAUUCUGGGAUUCGGAACCGCAUGAACCCUUCGUCAACUCUGAUUGUAGGAUGCAUUGGUUACAUAGUAAGCUUGGCGAUGAUAACUAAAAUUCAAAAUCUGAUGUAUGAAACUCUCACGUUUUUACUACUAAGUGACACAAUGAUUCUGUUUUUUUUUUUUUUUAUUCAUGAAGAACGGCCUGGCCGUAUUGCUGAUGAUUCUGUUUUAAAAUGUAUAAAUCUUUAUUGACAACGGCUAGAAAAAAUCCUUAUAAAGAAUUUGAGGUUUAAGAAGAAAUUGGAGAAGUGAAAAGCCUUAAAAUUGAUAAGUUUUACAAAUAAUGCAAUGAUCAGUGGCGGAUCUAACGAUAGACAUACUAGACGGCCGUUCAGGAUCUCAUCGACUGGCUGGAGUAAGAGAUCUACUAUAAAUCUUGUUUGUGAGGGAUUGUAUAAGAAACAUCGUAUUACUGGUGUAAGGAAGGCUUUUGAUGGAAGGAACCUAGCGUAAGAACCCUCGGUGAAAGCCUACUCCCCCAAAACGCAAUGUAGCAAUUUCCUUGUUUUGGCUUGGGUCUCCAACGUGUCCAAUCCGCCACUGACAAUAACCUCUCUGAAGAGACUGCAUAAUCAAAGAUAUUUUCAAGAUUCCUAGGGCCAAAGUGAGUAGCUCAUGAUAAUAAUUAUGAAUGUCGCCCUACUAACGAGGUCUUAGAGCCAUUUUGCUAUUGAAACGUUUAAAAAGAGACUUGGUAGACCUAAUGCCGUCAUACUAAACUUUAAAUAUAUACAUGUUCCAGCCUAAGAAUGCUAAGAUUUAUUUACGAUCGGAAUAUAAAUUACGUCUGUCGGAUGCCACACAGUAGAGCUGAGCUUUCCAAAGACCCGAAUUAUGGCGAUGGAGCA